AUGUCAUCGAACCGGAGCCAGAACCCUCAUGGGCUGAAGCAGAUCGGCCUGGACCAGAUCUGGGACGACCUCAGAGCUGGGAUCCAGCAGGUCUACACCAGGCAGAGUAUGGCCAAGUCCAGGUACAUGGAACUCUACACCCACGUGUACAACUACUGUACCAGCGUGCACCAGUCAAACCAGGCUCGAGGGGCCGGUGUCCCUUCCUCCAAGUCUAAGAAGGGGCAGACACCCGGAGGGGCCCAGUUUGUCGGCUUGGAGCUAUACAAACGUCUUAAGGAGUUCUUGAAGAACUACUUGACAAAUCUUCUUAAGGAUGGAGAAGAUCUGAUGGAUGAGAGCGUCCUCAAGUUCUACACUCAGCAAUGGGAAGACUACCGGUUCUCAAGCAAAGUGCUGAACGGGAUCUGUGCCUACCUCAACCGACACUGGGUCCGCCGCGAGUGUGACGAGGGCCGGAAAGGGAUCUAUGAGAUUUACUCACUUGCAUUGGUGACUUGGAGAGACUGUCUGUUCAGGCCAUUGAAUAAACAGGUAACAAAUGCUGUUUUGAAAUUGAUUGAAAAGGAAAGAAAUGGUGAAACCAUCAAUACAAGACUGAUUAGUGGAGUUGUACAGUCUUACGUGGAAUUGGGGCUCAAUGAAGAUGAUGCAUUUGCCAAGGGUCCUACGCUAACUGUGUAUAAAGAAUCCUUUGAAUCCCAGUUUCUGGCUGAUACUGAGCGGUUCUACACGAGGGAGAGCACGGAAUUCUUGCAGCAGAACCCAGUCACUGAGUACAUGAAAAAGGCCGAGGCCCGGCUGCUGGAGGAGCAGCGUCGUGUCCAGGUAUACCUGCACGAGAGCACGCAGGACGAGCUGGCGCGCAAGUGCGAACAGGUGCUCAUUGAGAAGCACCUGGAGAUUUUCCACACGGAGUUCCAGAACCUUCUGGACGCUGACAAGAACGAAGAUCUGGGCCGCAUGUACAACCUGGUGUCCAGGAUCCAGGACGGCCUCGGGGAGCUCAAGAAGCUCCUGGAGACGCAUAUCCACAACCAGGGUCUCGCUGCCAUCGAGAAGUGCGGAGAAGCCGCGCUCAACGACCCCAAGAUGUACGUGCAGACGGUGUUGGACGUACACAAGAAGUACAACGCUCUGGUCAUGUCUGCCUUCAACAACGAUGCCGGCUUUGUGGCUGCCCUCGAUAAGGCUUGCGGCCGCUUCAUCAACAACAACGCCGUGACCAAGAUGGCACAGUCUUCCAGCAAGUCUCCUGAGCUGCUAGCACGUUACUGUGACUCCCUGCUGAAGAAAAGCUCCAAGAACCCAGAAGAAGCAGAGUUGGAAGACACGCUGAACCAAGUGAUGGUGGUCUUCAAGUACAUCGAAGACAAGGACGUGUUCCAGAAGUUCUACGCAAAGAUGCUGGCCAAGCGCCUGGUGCAUCAGAACAGCGCCAGCGACGACGCCGAAGCCAGCAUGAUCUCCAAGCUGAAGCAAGCCUGCGGCUUCGAGUACACCUCCAAGCUCCAGCGCAUGUUCCAGGACAUCGGGGUGAGCAAGGACCUGAACGAGCAGUUCAAGAAGCAUCUGACCAACUCCGAGCCCCUGGACCUGGACUUCAGUAUCCAGGUCCUGAGCUCCGGGUCAUGGCCCUUCCAGCAGUCCUGCACCUUCGCACUGCCCUCUGAGCUGGAGCGGAGUUACCAGCGGUUCACAGCCUUCUAUGCCAGCCGACACAGUGGCAGAAAGUUGACGUGGCUGUAUCAGCUGUCCAAAGGGGAGUUGGUAACCAACUGUUUCAAGAACAGAUACACCUUGCAGGCCUCCACGUUCCAGAUGGCAAUCCUGCUGCAGUACAACACGGAGGACGCCUACACUGUCCAGCAGCUGACCGACAGCACGCAGAUCAAAAUGGACAUUUUGGCACAAGUCCUACAGAUUUUACUGAAGUCGAAGUUACUGGUCUUGGAAGAUGAAAAUGCGAAUGUUGACGAAGUGGAAUUGAAGCCAGACACCUUAAUAAAGUUAUUUCUCGGUUAUAAAAAUAAGAAAUUAAGGGUUAACAUCAAUGUGCCAAUGAAGACAGAACAGAAGCAGGAACAAGAAACCACACACAAAAACAUUGAGGAAGACCGCAAACUGCUGAUCCAGGCAGCCAUUGUGAGGAUCAUGAAGAUGAGGAAGGUCUUAAAGCACCAGCAGCUGCUGGGGGAGGUGCUCACACAGCUGUCCUCGCGCUUCAAGCCCCGGGUCCCCGUCAUUAAGAAAUGCAUUGACAUUCUGAUUGAGAAAGAGUAUUUGGAGCGAGUGGACGGUGAAAAAGACACCUACAGCUACCUGGCCUAGCCUUCUGGAACGGUGUG